AUGGCCUCUGAAAAUGUCGAAGAUAUUUGGAAACCAGUCAAGGUCAAAGAAAUGGCCAGAUAUUUGGGACUGUUAAACAGGCUCCCAAAUAUGAGCAUGUAUUGGCAAACAUCAAAACCAUGCCGUGCUCGGGUUUUCAACAUGUUUAAGACGACGAAACGUUUUCAGCAUAUAGGUCAGUUCUUCCAUACUUUCAAUAACAAUACGGUUCCGUUGAACAAUACUGGCAAGUUGAUAAAAGUGAGACCAGUGAUGGAUUACUUGAAACAAAGGUUUGGAGAAGUUUACUGGCCAAAGAAAGAGUUGUGUUUAGAUGAAGGUACAUUGGCAUGGCGUGGCCGACUCUCGUUCAAGGUGUACAAUCCAAACAAACCAGACAAAUAUGGUGUGAAAUUAUAUAUGCUAGCUGAAUCAACAUCUGGCUACAUAUGUGACUUUGACAUGUAUUCUGGUAUUGGUAAAACGAUCAUCGAAACAGUCACGGGGUUGAUUCGGCCUAUAGUGAACAAGGGUCAUCAUCUGUACAUGGAUAAUUACUACAACUCAGUUAUCCUAACAGAGAAGUUGAGAGAACUUGGGGUCUACACAUGUGGCACAAUUAGACUAAUACGUGGUGCCCCAAAUGAACUGCAAGAUAUAAACUUGCAGUUCAGUUAA